AUGCGUCUAGUCUCACGGGCUUGGCCACGCGUGAAGCAUGCGCGACUGGCAAUCUCAGCAAGCUCGAAGCUUUUCUCGACACUUCCCAACCUACCAAUCUUCCGUGCUCUACAGAACCAUGACCCGUCCAGCUUGGCUGUCACUCAUAGCGUCUCUGAACGCUCAUUCACAUACGGCAACCUAAUCGCUGAUGUAUUGCGCGCGAAGGAGGACCUGGAGCGCAAGACUAGCGGCAAGCUUGCUGGAGAGAGAGUUGCGUUUAUUGCAGAGAACAGCUAUGACUACGUAGUAAACAUCCUCUCUAUCUUUGCUAGUGAUGCAAUCGCGUUGCCUCUAUCUCCUGCUUUUCCUAUUGCAGAGCUGCAGUACAUCAUGAAUAACUCGCAGGCCAAAGUUUUGCUGGCAACAGAGAAAUAUGCCGAUAAGGCGACUCAGAUCCUCAAAUUAGGGCUAGAAACUGAGCCUCUAUUCGAUAUCAGACCGAAGAUUCAGACCGGCGCAUCCGGUAGCGAGUCUAUUCAGCUGGAUGCGAUAAGGGAGCAGCCCUCAUCUGGCGGCAUGAUGCUUUAUACUUCAGGCACUACCAAUCGACCGAAAGGAGUACUCAUCCCCGAGUCCGCGGUGACCGCACAGGCACACUCACUUCUUGAGGCUUGGAAAUAUAGCCCAGAAGAUCGCCUUCUUCACAUUCUCCCACUCCAUCAUAUUCACGGAGUGAUAAAUGCCAUCAUAACACCCAUUUUCGCCGGCUCCUCAAUCGAAUUUAUGUACCCUUUCAACACAGACAAUGUCUGGAAACGACUCGCAGCGCCAUUCCUACCGCAAAACACCACAAAAUCCAAAAUCACUUUCCUCACGGCGGUACCAACAGUCUACAACCGACUAAUGAUAUCUUUUCCAUCCCUACCCGACGAAAUCCAACAAGCAGCCAAGCAAGGCAUCUCCCCAUCAAAUCUCCGCGUCAACAUCUCCGGCUCGGCAGCCCUCCCAACACCAACAAAAGCACAAUGGCAGACACUAAGCAACGGCAACGUCCUCUUAGAGCGAUUCGGCAUGACAGAAGUUGGCAUGGCAAUAAGCUGCGGCCUGGACUUUCAAGACCGAGUCGACGGCAGUGUCGGCUGGCCACUCCCAGGAGUCGAAGCCCGACUAAUAGACACAGAGACAAACGAACUAAUUACAGGCGAAGAUGCGAACCGCAUGGGAGAAAUCCAACUCCGAGGACCAACAAUCUUUCAUCACUACUGGGCCAACGAAAAAGCUACGGCAGAAAGCUUCGUGCCAAGUGAAGACAAUGGUGCGCCAUGGUUCCGUACCGGCGAUGUAGCCGUGCGUCAACAUGUCGAGGGCGCAGGGGGAGGUGACAGUGGGAAAUGGGCGCAGGGACCCAUGUAUUUUAUACGUGGCCGAAUGAGCGUGGAUAUCAUCAAGACGGGCGGAGAGAAAGUGAGCGCGUUGGAGGUUGAGCGGGAAUUACUCUCACUGUACACUUACCCUUCGACGUCGAGGCCCCAACUUGAACUAAUUGCGCUAACUAUACCUAACAGACCCCAGAUCGCCGAAGCAGCUGUCGUCGGAAUUCCAUCUGAGCAAUGGGGUCAAAAGGUUGCUGCAGUCGUCGUACUGCGGGCAGAUGCGGCACAGAGUGGUCGAAAUGGUCGGUCUUGGGGACCUAUGGAUAUGCGACGGGCAUUAAAGGAUCGCCUGGCGUCGUAUAAGAUACCACAGGAAAUGAAGAUGAUGGAUGCUAUUCCGAGGAAUGCGAUGGGGAAGGUGAACAAAAAAGCUCUUGUCAAGGAAGUAUUUGGAGUGUAG